CGCUGGCAUCCUCCUGCCUCAGCUACCGCCGUCCCCAGUGUUACAUCUGUGACUGCGAGUCAAGAAUGUGAGGCAGAGUGAUGAAGGCGUUGAGCUGAAGCAGAGACGGAGGCGGGGAGGAUGCCCGCCAGGGGAUGAAGCCCAGUGCACACCUCCCCCUUCUUCCAGGACCCCUGACCCCGCCCCGCCCACCAAGGGGCCCAGACCUGAGCGGCAGCCAGGUCGCGGGUGACGUCACAGGGCCGUUGCCCCAUCCGCCCCGUGGCCUUGACUGACAGAGCUGAGGCAGGGGAAUAACCGCGAGCGCUGACUGACAAACGGCAGGGCAGCGGCCACGCCCACCCCGGCGGGAAGGAAGGGGUGAGGUCAUCGCGGUCGCGGCCCCGCCCGCUCCCGCUCCCCCCAUCCGGGUGAUUGAUGGGAAAUGGAAGCCGGGCCAGGCCCAUGUCGGUGAUUCUCCGCAUCCGUUUAUUGCCGUGGCCCCGCCCGGUCCCCCCACACCCGCCCCCGCCCCCGGCUUCCCGUUUUCGGCUCGAAGCGGCCUGGGCGUCCUCGACUCGGACCGGCUCGGACUGAACCAGCUGUCAAUCACUGCAGCGUCCGCGGCCCCGCCGGCGAUAUGGCCUGGGCACUGGCGGUCAUCCUCGUGCCUCGGCUCCUUGCGGCGGCGGCGGUGGCAGCAGCGGCGGCGGCGGUGGUGACGUCACGGGGUGACGUCACAGUCGUCUGCCAUGACCUGGAGAUGGUGGAGGUCACCUGGGGCUUGGGCCCCAACCACCAAGGUGCCAACUUGAGCCUGGAGUUCCGCUAUGGCACUGGCGCCCUGCGACCCUGUCCGCAAUAUUUCCUGUCCGGCGCUGGUGUCACUUCCGGGUGCAUCCUCCCCGCGGCCAGGGUGGGGCUGCUGGAGCUGGCGCUGCGCGACGGAGGUGGGGCCAUGGUGUUUAAGGCUAGGCAGCGCGCAUCCACCUGGCUGAAGCCCAGCCCGCCUAGGAACUUGACACUGCUCUGGACGCCAGAUGGGGACGUGGCUGUCUCCUGGCCCGCCCACUCCUACCUGGGCCUGGACUAUGAGGUGCAGCACCGGGAAAACAGCAAUGGCAACGAGGACGCCUGGCAGACGACCUCAGGGCCCUGCUGUGACCUAAUGGUGGGCGGGCUUGACCCCGCACGCUGCUAUGACUUCCGGGUCCGGGCGUCGCCCCGGGCCGCGCACUAUGGCCUGGAGGCACAGCCUAGCGAGUGGACAGCAGUGACAAAGCUUUCCGGGGCAGCAUCCACAGGUGACCCCUGCGCUGCCCACCUUCCCCCCCUAGCCUCCUGUACCGCAAGCCCCACCCCGGCCCCAGCCCCGGCCCCGGCCCCGGCCCCGGCCCUCCUGCCCCUGGGCUGCUGCCUAGCAGCGCUGCUGACACUGGCGCUGCUCCUGGCAGCCCUGAGGCUUCGCAGGGUGAAGGAUGCGCUGUUGCCCUGUGUCCCUGACCCCAGCGGCUCCUUCCCUGGACUCUUUGAGAAGCAUCACGGGAACUUCCAGGCCUGGAUCGCGGAUGCCCAGGCCACCGCCCCACCAGCAAGGACGGAGGAGGAAGAUGACCUCAUUCGCCCCAAGGCUAAGAGGGUGGAGCCUGAGGAUGGCACCUUCCUCUGCACUGUGCCAAGGCCACCCAGCUUCGAGUCAAGGGGGCAAGGAGGCGGGGCCAUGGUGUCGGUGGGUGGGGCCACGUUCAUGGUGGGCGACAGCGGCUACAUGACCCUGUGACCUUGAAGUCACUGCCAGUCUAUACUUCGCGCUGAGAUCACUUCCUGUCUUUGAAUAAUUCAAACUCACAAACCCUGUGCCUAUCUGUAUGCAAAUAUGGUCAUGAAUAUUCAAAUAAAACGCAAGUGCUAUGCUAAUGA